AUGACAUCAUGUUCCGCACUUCAACGUAAACAAAAACAACCGAAUACAUCAUCAAGUAUACCUCGAUUGCAAGUUAAUCUUGAACAUGUCUUUGGUUUUACAUCAAUGUCGAAUUCACUUAUAAGUCAAGAUCAUUCAACGGUAGCAUAUGCCGCCGGUCGUACUGUUAUUCUCUUUAAUAAAAAUACUCAUAAACAAGAUUUUAUUAUCAGCACAGCCUGUAAAACUAUAACAUCAUUAUCACUUUCACCAGAUGGCCGAUAUUUAGCAACAGGCGAAGUAAAUAUUUUAGUUCAGAUACGAAAACAAAUUCAUUCUUGCUGA